AUGUCAGAUGACAAGUUGAACGAGGAGUCUUAUAUCCACUCCGCAUCAAAGUUAAAAAGUACAAUCAUUGAACGCAUUGCUCAUCAAAGCAUAAUUGUAAAACGCAUAGCACAACAUCUGGAUAAGCAACGGGACCGGUUCAACUUUUGCUUGGUGCUGAAUGCUUGGUCACCUGCGGCGGUUAAUGUAUUAUGGUCGGAACCGAUAUUCAAUUCUCCCGAGUCUUUUCACUCCUUUGUUUCCGUGGUCAGGAAGGCGAGGGUAUGCGCACUCAGAGUUCGCGUGUUGGACCUGUGCAUUCCAGAGAAUGAGGUCAUGAGCUCUUUUGUACCCGUGUUGAAAUCACUAC